CACCGGAUGUGCCAGGGGCCACGGUGUGCAACGGCUGCCCGCCAUUUUGGACUCAACCCGCCGAGUUCCCGGAGGGCGCUCCCGUGACCCUCCGUUCCCAGCUGUGUCUGGAAGUGGAUGCAACCGGCCCUUAAGUGAGGCUCUUCGCAGAGGCCCUGAGUACUCCUUAUGCUGACGGGACCAAUUUCAUUGCAUUCAAAUAGUUGGUGAUCUUAAUGGUGAAGGCAAAAAAGGUUCCCAGAGAUGAGCAAUCCAGCCCCACCCAAGCUCCUGGAACUUGCAGCCCACAGCCUGCUGAGCAACGAGGCUUCAGUUAUACUUGCCUUGGAAGAGUUCACAGUUGACCUCUUCCCGCCACUACUCACUGCCGCGUUUGCCGGGGGGCACAAGAAGGCACUGAAGGCCUUGGUGGAGGCCUGGCCCUUCCCCUUUCUCCGUCUGGGCUCUCUGAUAGUGCAGUGGCCCAACCAAGACAGCUUGCAAGCUGUGCUGGAUGGGCUGGGGACAUCGCCUGCCCUCAGGGCUUGUCCCAGGAGGUCGGAACUGAGGGUGCUGGAUUUGACCCUGGACUUUGAGCAGGUCCAAAGUAAAGGGGCCUCUGAGGCCUUGGCCAGAUUCCCAUUCUGGUUACCAUCAACAGUCAAGGCAGAGAUGCCCCAGGCUGUGGCCAGGCCCAGGCCAGCAGAGGACACAAGAAAAGGACCGAAGCAGCCAUGGGAACCAGUGGAAUUGCACAUUGAUCUUUUCCUGAGAGGCCCCUUCAAGUUGGACACGUUCCUCUCCAGCCUCCUGACCAAAGUGGAGCGGAGCCGUGGCUCCCUGCGCCUCUGCUGCAGGAAGCUGCACAUUGAGGAGAUGCCCUUCAACAGUCUGGUAGGGAUCCUGCAGACGCUGGAGCUGGACUUCAUCCAGGAGCUGGAGGUGUUUGACUGGUUCCGGGCGCUGUCGGAGCAGAGCCUGUUUGCCACGCAGCUGGGGAGGAUCUGCAACCUGCGCAGCCUCAAGCUGGCCUACUACCACUGGGCCUUCCCCCCUGAGGGCGAGCAGUCCUCCAGCUGUUUCCUGUCCCAGCUCAGCAAGCUCGGCCACCUCCAGAAGCUCCACCUAUCCUACUCCUACCUCUCGGGCAACUUACAUCAAGUGCUCAGGUGCCUGCAGGCCCCGCUGCUUGCCCUGGAGAUCCGCUCCUGCACACUCCUGGACACCGACAUCACCUACUUGUCCCAGAGCCUUCACGCCACCUGCCUGAGGAAGCUGGAUCUGAGCGGCAACAACCUGUCUUAUAUGGUCCCUGGGCCCUUAGAGACCCUGCUGGCAAAGGUCUCAGGGACACUGCAACACCUGGACCUGAACCACUGCCGGCUGAAGGACGCCCACCUCAGUGCCAUCCUGCCAGCCCUGUGCCGCUGCUCCCGCCUCACCUCCCUGGGUCUCUCCGACAACCCCGUGUCCAGGGCAGGCCUGCUCAGCCUGCUGGAGCGCACGGCAGGGCUGGCGGAGCUGAAGCGGGUGCUCUACCCCAUCCCGAUUGAGUGCUGCGUGUACCUGCAUGGCCUGUCCUGGGGGCCUGUGAACAAAGGCAGGCUGUGCCAGGUGCAGGCUGAGAUGCAGAAGCUGCUGCAGGCUGUGCAGCGGGCCGACAUGCAGUGGAGCCCCCCGCUGCCCUCGCCUUUGCCCGUGAGGCUGGUGCAGCUCGACUGAGGGGCCGAGGCAGGGCCUGGGGAACCGUGGCCAGAGAGGGCAGCUGGAGGCGUGGUCGGAGCCACAGACUUCCUGUUGGGCACAUGUUGUUUGCAGGGAACAUAAAGGAGACUUCCACGGGA